AUGAAGGCCUCAUUUCCUGCAAAGCGAAACGAGCGCAACGCCCUCGUCAAACGCGGUAUAGCCAGCAUACGAUUUCACCUUGCACCACUCAUGUACGAACUGUGGUACUAUACACUCUAUUUCCUGGAAUCAUACGCGUCCGCCCGACGCGAGCACACGAACAUGCUAGUCCAAAAAUACGAGGCGGGCCAGCUUCCUGUGCCAUUGCCACUCGAGAUACGCCAGAGGAUGUACCGCGAGCUGCAAACCCGGAUCCUCCAAAGCCCUCCCUUCACCAACACGCCGGCUCUAGUUGCGACACACCAUUGCAUGCAUUUGCUUGUUACAUAUAUACGCUACGCCAUGUCUCCGGAUGGUCAAGCCGAGAUUGAUGACUCGUGGAUUAGCUCCUUGCUCACAUUGGCGCCGUUUGUGCGGAUCGUCGAGUUUUUCUCCGCUGAGAUCGGGGACGGUGGGAGCCAGCGAACUCAACGCAAGGAGUUCAUGUACAAUUUCUAUCAGGACACGAUGAAGUACGAAAAGGAUCACAUGAAUUCGGUUGUUUUUGCGCGCGCGUCUGCGCAGAAUUUGCAUAGUUCAGUGCAAGAUAUCUGGUUUGCUGCUGCUGCGGCUGAAUUGAAAGCCCGGCGAGCGAUACCUCACGAUGUAGAGCACGUCUGGGUCUGGAAUGGUGUUCCAAUUGUUUUUGGGUGUCCGGAUUGCCAUCCUACGAGAGGAUGGCAGGCGUGA